UGAAUGCGUUUUUUAAUGCAGAUUUGUGAUAUUUCCGCAGUGCUUUUGUACUCAGCUGCCGGUAAAGGUGUCAGGGGAGGUCAUGUGGAGAUUCAGUACCGCUGCAGGGGAACCGGAGGAGUCGUGACUUGCAGCCCGGUGCGGUGUCUCUUUAAGCGCAGGGCGGUGAGCAGAUUUCCGAUCGUGCACGAAGCGGAUUACAGUCCCUGACAUCAGUCCUCCUCAUCCUCCUCCUCUUCCUCCUGUUCCUGCUGCUCAGCUGAUCCGGAGGAUUCCCUCUGCGGGGACACUCAGCACAGCCCCGCCUGUAUGCUCGCCUCCGCUCGCCUCCAUCAUGGACUUCAACGUGAAAAAACUGGCUUCUGAUGCGGGGGUCUUCUUCACCCGGGCAGUGCAGUUCACAGAAGAGAAGCUUGGCCAGGCUGAGAAGACUGAGUUGGAUCCACACUUGGAGAACCUGAUCACUCGUGCCGACUCCACCAAGAAUUGGACUGAAAAGAUCUUAAAACAAACAGAGGUGCUACUGCAGCCCAAUCCAAUUGACCACACUGGUGCUCGGAUCGAGGAGUUCAUCUAUGACAAGCUGGACAAGAAGCUUCCCUCCAGGACGACCAACGCGGAGCUGCUGGGUCAGUACAUGCUGGACGCCGCCAUCGAAUUCGGUUCAGACACGCCAUACGGCAAGACCCUGAUCACAGUAGCGGAAUACCAGAAGAGGCUCGGAGGAGCCGAGCGCGAGUUCCUCCACACUUCAGCCGUCACUUUCCUCUCACCUCUGCGCAACUUCCUGGAGGGAGACUGGAGGACCAUAUCAAAAGAGAGGCGGCUGCUGGAGAAUCGCCGGCUGGAUCUGGACAUCUGUAAGGCACGCCUGAAAAAAGCCAAGCUGGCAGAAGCCAAAGCGGCGGCUACACCUGAUUUUCAGGAGACUCGGCCUCGAAAUUAUGUUCUUUCUGCCAGUGCAUCAGCGCUGCAGAGCGGCUGGGAGAGCUGGGACGUGGAGCCCGACCCGGUCGUGUCAGAGCAGAGGAAG